AUGGAUAGAUCAAAUCGUUUACUUUAUCCUAGAACUAAAAUUGAUUGGGGUCCAGGAGAAAAUCAUAUAUGUUUAAGAACAUCAACUAAAAAUUAUUAUGUGAUUGAAUUAUUUCAUCAAUCACCAACUUUAGAUAAAUUAAUUCCAUUAUUUAUAAAUGAUAUUAAUUCAUCACCAAAUUUAUUUCAAAUUUAUUAUCAAAUUGCCGAAAAUUUAACUCAAAUAGUAUUAAUUAAUAAUUACCCCGUGAAUAAAGUUCGAAUAGUUGGGAAAAUCAUUAAUGAAAAAUAUAAAUCAAAUGAUAAUUAUAAUACUAGCACUAAUACUAGAACGAAAUCUGGUAGUGGACAAGGUAUUAAUGAUGUGUUUUUAACAAUUGAUGAUUUCGUUGGAUCAAGUUCAAGAAUAAUUGUUAAUUUAAACCAAUCGAAAUUUAGAUCUCAAGGAUGUAGAUUAAAUAUGUCCAAUCGUGGGAAAAUUGUUGAAAUUGAAGGGAUCAUAAAUAAUAAAUAUAUUUAUUAUAAUAGAUAUAACAACUACAACAACUAUAACAAUGAUAACUUACUACAACGAGAAAUCGAUGUUGAAAAAUUUACAGUAUUAAGUCAUAAUGGUAAUGAAUUCCAUAUUGAAAUGGAAAAUUGGAAGAAAACAUUGGAAUUUCGUAAUCUGAAUUUAUUGGAACCAUGGGUAUUUAUUCCUUCACCACAAAGAAAUAAAGAUUGUCAACAGCAGCCUUUAACUUAUAGAUUCACGGAAGCAGAAUUACGGAAACGGAAUAAUCGUCAGAACUUGGUUAUUUCAUCGCCCUCGCCAAUUAAUGAAAUACAACCAGAAGAAUUAGCAUUUGAAGAUAGUUUAUUAGUUGAUGCUGUACGUAAAUCAAGUGAUAAGACAGUAGUUGAUUCUAUUGAUAAUGAUGAUUGGCCACAGGAAAGCGGGUUUGAAGAAUUAAAGGAUGAUUCAGCGGUAGUGCAACAACAACAACAACAACAACAGCAGCAGCAGCAGCAGCAGCCGAAUUUACCCCAGAUUCCACGUUCAUCACUGACAUCACGACAAGCCACCCCUCUUACUAGCGAUACAGCCAUCAAUGGCACAUCACUGGGUUUAUUCAAUCAAUUAGAAAAUAUAUCAAACAAGAAAGAUGUCACUCUGAAGAUGGAUGACGACGACAACCACGAUGAUGAUGAUGAUAUUAUAAUUUUAGCGGUGAAUGAUAAUCCUGUUAAAGUAGUGACAGAAUUUCAAGUAACUUUGGAAAUUAUAAAAUUCAUUAUCAAUAAAAAUUUCACCAAAUUCAAACUUGUGGAAAUAUAUCGUCAUAAUUAUAUUUCACAAUUAUUAACCAAUUUAACAACAAUUCAAUUGAGUACUUUACAACAAAUUCCAAAUUUUAAAAAUUUGACUUCAUUUGACGAAUAUAAAUCAAUAAUUUUCCAUCGUAUUCGUCGUGUUUUACAAUUUGAUUAUGAAUUAAUCACCGUUAGUCAAACCCAACUGGUUAAACUGAAAAAUUUACAAAAUUUAUUUUAUAGUUUGAUACAAAUCUUACAUAAUUUAAGUGAUACUGAAAAACAACUGAACCAUGAAUUGAAUGUAAUGGAUUAUAUAGAAUUAUUAAGACAAGAAAAAUUAAUAUUUGGUGGGAUUAAUUAUAAAAUAAUUAAUGGAAUUAUUGAUUACAUUUUGACAAUGGUUUUAAAACAAGAUCGUUUAUGGAAAUAUGAUACAAAAAACAUAUCAUGGAAAUAUAUAGGAUAA